GUCUUCUUCGCAACUAAGCAAGAUUUCACCAUCGAUUAGUUCACCAAAGAACGCAGAUUUCAGCUCAAUUCAUCGCAAACAUUGCACAAAUUUCUCUCUCCCCAUUCAUUCCUGAUUCUUCAACACCUCAUCACCAUGCCACCGAAGAAGGCCACCGCGCCUGCGAGCGUGCCGAAACGCGCCGCUCCCAAGAAGGCAGCCCCUGCUGCCAAAGCCAGGCCUAGUGCUUCUUCCGCUGCGAAGAAGGAAACCAAGCCUGUUGCCGCCACAGUGAAGAAGGAUGCGAAGGCUACUACACCUGCUCCCCGUUCGAAGCGCCAAACCGCUGCCCUGAAGCGCAAGGCCGACGAAGACUCGAUCGAAGCAGCUGCAGAGGCCUCUCAGCCAAAGAAGGCAAAGGCCCCUGCGCCGAAGACGAAGGCUGCCGACCAGGCACCUGCCGCCAAACCUGCCGCCAAACCUGCCGCGAGAAAGAUCGCCGCUCCUCGCACUACCAAGAAGACUGCGGCUGCAGCUGAUACUGCGGUCCCGAAGCAGCCCAAGAAGACCACCACCACGGGCGAGUCCGACAAAGAGAACGAGGGUACUGAGUCUGGCCAGACCAAGGCCAACACCAAGCGCAAGAGGGCCCCCGACGCCCAAGCCGAGGGCGACGAGGAGUCCGCUGCCGAGGAGGAGAAGCCCGCCCCUCCUGCCAAGAAGGCCAAGAAGGCCGCUGCUCCCAAGCCUGUGGCGCCUAAGAGGAAAGUCGGAAAGAAGAUCAACAAGGCGCCCACCGUACCUCUCCAUGUGUUUGUGUUUGGCGAGGGCAGCUCUGGAGAGCUCGGCCUCGGCAGCGUCAAGGUCGACGGAAAGAAGCCCAUCGACGUCAAGCGCCCCCGGGUCAACCAUAACCUCUCCGCUAAGGAUGUCGGCGUCGUACAGCUUGCCUGCGGCGGAAUGCACGUCGUCGCGCUUACCAAGGACAACAAAAUCCUCACCUGGGGCGUCAACGAUCAAGGCGCGUUGGGACGCGAUACCACUUGGGAAGGUGGCCUUCGUGAUGCGGAUGCGGAUGAUUCCGACGAUUCUGAUUCGGAGGACUCGGGGCUCAGCCCCAAAGAGAGCACGCCCACCGAGGUUGAUCUGACAAACAUUGAACCUGAGACCAAGUUCGUCCAGGUUGUUGCCAGUGACAGUGCCUCGUUCGCACUGACUGAGGAUGGCGUUGUUUAUGGCUGGGGAACAUUCAGAAGCAGUGAUGGUAUCCUCGGAUUCACCGACAAGACUCUUGUUCAGAAGAUCCCCGUGCUCCUCCCCGAUCUUAAGGGAAUUACUCAGCUCGCUGCCGGCUCCAACCACAUUCUUGCUCUCGACAACAAAAGCAAGGUCCAAGCCUGGGGCUGUGGUCAGCAGAACCAGCUCGGUCGCAAAGUAUUCGAGCGCGAGAUCAAGUCGUCGCUCCGACCCAAGGGCAUCGGCAACCUGCCCAUCCGUGGCGCUAAGCCCGUCAGGGUCGCUUGUGGAUCGUACCACAGCUUCGUGCUUGACCAGGAAGGCCGCGUCUUUGCUUGGGGUCUGAAUAACUACGCCGAGCUCGGCAUCGAGGACAGUGCCGGUGAGGAUGACGCCGCUCAGCUGAAGCCGCGUCUCGUCGAAUCCUUGACCGACUUCAAGAUCGCCGACAUUGCCGGGGGCGAGCACCACUCGUUGGCUUGCACUGAUGACGGCAAGCUCCUGACUUGGGGUCGUAUUGACGGCCAUCAAGUUGGUUUGCCCAACGAGAAGUUCACCGAGGAGAAUACCAUCUUCGACGAACGUAACAAGCCCCGCAUCCUGAAGGAGCCUACCGUUGUGCCUGAUGUUCCUUCGGUCGCCUUAGUUGCUGCCGGAACCGACCAUAGCUUCGCCAUUACCACAAAGGGGAAGGCCUACUCCUGGGGUUUCUCGGCGAAUUACCAGACUGGUCAAGGAACCGAUGAUGACAUUGAGGUUCCCACACUGGUCGACAACUCUGUCGUCCGGGAGAAAAAGCUCGUCUUUGCCGGUGCCGGCGGCCAAUUCUCGAUCUUGGCUGCUGCUGCCGAAGAGCUGGCAACCGAGUCGGCUUAAUCAACCUCCAACCCUUCUCCCCCGGCGCGUGCCCCGGGUCAUAACGAGCCCAGCACAUGCAUCCAUGAGCUCCACUCGCAGAGUUACGAGAGCGUGAUCUUCCAACGCCUAGGACCGAGUACUAAUUCAACCAUGCUGUGGUUGA